AUGGCGACUCAAAACUCAAGCAGUAUUCUUUUCACCAAUACAAAUCCCCAACAGGGGUUUCGGCUAUUGGAGCUAACCCCAGAACUGGAGAAGUUGUUCUCUUCCAAGGAUGCCCCCGCACUCGAGCUCAAAUCUCCCUCCGCAGCCCUCGCCCGCGCCGUUGUCGACCCAAGUGCCUUAGAAUAUGUCAAUCUGUGUACGCCCACGCAAACCUACCGCAUCCGCCAAGUACAGUCAUCAAACUCUCUCCAUAUUCUUCGACCUAGCCUUGGACAGAUCUCAAGAGCAGACAUCAAAGUCGUUGAAGAAGAAGCCGGCGAGAGCGGCUCCUUGAACCUCCCUGAUGAGGCCGUGACAGCAAUUGCGAAAUGCAGAUCAACGUUGGAACUACAUGUUCCUCCUGGAGGGUUUUCUGCAGUCCCCUUCCUGGAGAAGAGCUUGGGUCUAUACGAUCGCCGGAGCGGCGACGAUGACGGGGAUAUUCCUAUGGAUGAGUCUUCACGUGGGUUCGGCGCAUUGGGCCUGGCUGAGUUGCGGGAUCGUGUUUUUGUGGAUAUCCCAGUGUCCUCGGCGCAGUGUGAAGCUGGCUGGAGGGAAAUUUGCGCGUUUGUCGACGAGAAGCAAGGCGCAUGCUGGCGGCCUUCGGCACGAAUGCGGCUCAAUGUGUGGAAGCGCUUGAUGGAGGGUGCGAUAUUACAAACAAUUGACCUCGAGAAGCAGUUUCUGGUAAGAGACUUGUGGAAAUCAGUCCUUGACGAAGACGACACUUCGGAUCCUCCGUUCCCACGAGCGCUCCUUGAAGCCGUGGUGAGGAGACUCUGUGUGUUGGAUGAGGGGCCAGCAUUGGCUGAUGAGAUUAAGUGGGCAAGCUUUGACAAGGCCGAGUGUACGCAAUGGGUGGGUGAGACAUAUCUCGCUGCCACAGCACCCACAUCAUCAUCCGCGAUCGGGCGGAGCGACUUCCUCCGUGAAUGGAAAGAUUGCCUUCCAGAGUCCUGGAGAAGCGAGGUUGCUCUAUCCAAGUUACAAGAGGGAUCAUAUCAGAGCCCCGAUCCUACGACAAUAAGCUUCGUUGAACCAUCGCAACGGCAGCAAGUCAGCCAGACUUCUGCCGCUGCGCCAGCUACAGCUGCCAAAGUCAAAUCCACCAGAAACUGGCAUGAAUUGCUAAAAAAUCAAAAGCGCCACUGA